AGCAUAAUAUUCAAUAAAAUACAAUAUUAAAUUUUUAACCAUAAUGAAAGUAUUGGCAAUUCUAUCGGUAUUUUAUUUAGCAGUAAAUGCAGUGCCAUUUGACGAGCAUUUAAUAGCAGAGCCGGCAUUCAAUGGCACCAAUUGGGUAGUGUUGGUCGCCGGUAGUAACACAUGGGAUAAUUACCGCCACCAGGCUGACGUAUACCACGCGUAUCAAGUGGUAAAAUCACGUGGUAUUCCCGACUCAAACAUAAUUGUCAUGCAUUACGACGAUAUCGCUAACAAUAAGCAAAACCCAACGCCAGGUGUUGUCAUCAAUCGACCCAAAGGUCCCGAUGUGUAUAAGGGAGUGCCCAAGGAUUAUGUCGGCAAUGAUGUCAACCCUACGAAUUUUUUGGCUGUUCUCAGAGGCGAUCAAGCGUUAGCUAAUGCGGGCAAGAAAGUGGUCAAAAGCGGGCCAAACGAUCAUGUAUUUAUAUAUUUUGUCGAUCAUGGUGAUGUUAGUAAGUGUAUA